GCGUUCAGUACGUGCGGACGUCGGUGUACGCCGUGCUUCGCCACGUUUUUUUUUUUUAAUUUCCUUUUAUCGUUUGUCCUUGAGUGACAAUAUUUUUUUUCCUUAAGUACGCGGUUGUUUUUGGUUGUUUGACGAGAUUGAAAUGUAAAGCAAAAUUGAAAGCAUUUUCGUAAUAAUUAAGCGCUGAACAGAGGAACAGAGUGACCGUAGCAAGAUUGAUAAUAAAAAUUCACGGGUCCGCUUUUAACAGAAAACCAAAUACUUAGUCAUCUAUAUCAGAAUCAAAACCGAUAGAAAAAGAAUAAUUUCGCACAAAUCAAAAUUCCACAAAAUUUAUUAAACACGAGAUGGCAUCUGGUUACGACGACUACGAUUCAUCCUGGCACAUGUUCCCGCCGGAUUACGUUAGCAGCGCAGAUGAUUAUGGGUUACUCGAAAGCAUGAAAAUGCCAUCAAAUCGAACAUCUGGCUUUCACAUCAGCGACAUUCUUGAUCUAAACGAUCCUAAGCCCAACGUCGACGAUACGGAUGCGGAAGUUCAAGCUGGCACAACGAUAUUACCACCAGUUCCGGACGUACCAUCAACAUAUCAACAAUUAAUAGAACACACUACAGCGAUGUUUCAGCAGCAAAGUCAACAGCCUGGUACUAUGUUGCCUGGCCCGGGAGUUCCAGGAUUUCCCGGGCUAAAUAGGCUGCCAAUAGCAACUACUGGACCCAUCGCUGCACCGCCGACGGCCGCCGGACUAUUGAGUUGGCAUCAACCACCUUCACUUCCCCAAACCCUCGACGAAGUCAACGCACUGCAACAACCAGACUCAACGAGCCCCGCGAUAUCGGAUCUCUCGUACCCGUCGCAACGGGAAAGCAGUGUCCAAGACUCCAAAGAAGAAGAUGAUCUACAAGAGGAAGAGAUCGAUGCAGAAUACGACGACGAAGAAGAUGACGAAGACGACGACGGCAGAAAAAAGUCGAAAGAACUAGCCGGCGACAAUAACAAUGGCACGAAUACGAACAAAGGGGAGAAACGUCGUCGGGAAGGGAACUCUAACGAUCAUGACGAAACGGAGCACAAAAAGCGCAAACGACGAGUUCUAUUCACCAAAGCUCAAACCUACGAGCUGGAGCGUCGUUUCCGACAGCAGCGCUACCUGAGUGCGCCCGAACGCGAACAUCUCGCCUCGAUAAUCCGAUUGAAACCGACGCAAGUGAAAAUUUGGUUCCAAAAUCACAGGUACAAGACGAAACGCGCUGCCACUGAAAGAGUGGAAGCCGCUGGCACGAGACUAGACUGUUCACCACGUCGAGUUGCUGUUCCAGUUCUAGUUCGCGAUGGAAAACCUUGCCAAUCGAAGCUAUUAGAACCAGGCUCGGCCGCUGCCGCGGCAGCUGCUGCGGCGGCUGUUUCUGCUGCGUCGACCUACUCGGGGCUCAAUGGACAAAUACCAAUGCACUCUUAUAUGCAAAAACCGUACUGGUGGUGAGAGCGACGGGCGCGAGGAUGAAUGAAUGUGUGAGAGACAGGCCAAGCCAAAGAUGUUGUCAGAUGUGGACGCACGUGCAAAAACAAAUAUAAACUUGACGAGAGACAUUUCACCAGUGAACUUUUCAAUUCGUGUGAGGUUGUUGAAAUUCUGAUUAUAGCUAGAAAUUAUUUUCUUUGUAAAGAAUAGGUUUCACAUUUCUGUAGGAUCCUUUCGUGAGAGACAAUUUCUUCAGGAAAUACUUAAGUGGACGGUUCCGUAUUUUCUUGAACCGAAUAAAUAAUUUUCAAAUAUAGCGAUAUUUAUUCUAGUGACUGUAUAUAAUUUACAUUAUGUAUUAUAACUACACAGUGAAAUCGUAUAUCAAAAAUUGCGUAUUAAUUUAAUAAAUAAGA